AUGUCAGUGAAGCCAGCAACAGCAUCUCGACCUUCGGGAAAGGAGUCGUACUUCAAGGAUAAGGAUAAGCCUGAAGGUGUCCGUAACAGCAACAUUAUUGCUGCCAAGGCAGUGAGUGAUGCCGUGCGCACAUCUCUUGGUCCUCGUGGAAUGGACAAGAUGAUCCAGUCUGGGAACGGAGAUGUAACGAUUACCAAUGACGGCGCGACGAUCCUCAAUCAAAUGAGUGUUAUCCAUCCUACCGCAAAGAAUGGUACGUUUGUCUUGCUCACUAAAAUCCUUUUUAUAACUAAUGCCAAUUUCUAUAAGCACAGCCAACUUGCCUAG